GCACUGUACAGUCACUCAGCGUUCAAAGGGCUCUGUGUGUGUGUGCAGAUAAUGGAAUUUGCCUGUGAGUUUGUUUAUGUUCCUCCACCACUUCAUCUGCGGGACGCCCAAAGAACAAACCCAAAUGUCAUUAAACGCUCAGCCCUCCUCCCUCCCAUGCGACCCCGCUGUCGUCCCCCUCCUCCUCCAACUAACUCCGCAGAUGUCCAAAAAACAAAAUCCGGCCCUGUUACUCACAAGUUCAUCGAACACUUGGAGAACAUCGAGGAGAAGAGAGAUGUGAAGCCUUCUCCCACGUAUGAAAAUGAUGAAUUUAAUCCCAAAGCAAAGGCAGCUUCCCCCAUCAGUGCAACCCCUCCAUCAGUGACGCCACCCCGGAAGACAGCUCUUCUUCCACCGCACAUGAGGCCUGCAGCAAAAAGCCAGCAGAAGUCACCACCUUACAGCCAGCCGCUCCUCUCCUCCCCCUCCUCCAACAGCAACAGCCAGAUAUUCAACUACGACCUCCCCAAAGAGGAGCCACACUUAGAUCUCCCUCCCAGCGAUCCAAACUACUCAUACACUAUCCCAGAAAGCAGUGGGGGUGAGGUGAGGCUGCCAGGUGAUACUGUCAGUAAUGGGCCAGCACAGAGGGCAGCUCCGCCGCUCCCUCCAAGGCCCUCGUUCAUGAAGUCAAUGCCAGAUUACCUGGUGCUGUUACCGUCCUCAAGCACACCUCCUUCAUCCCAGCAGAAAUCCCCCCCAGGCCCGCCUCUUGACACUGCGCAUACUGGAUCAGCAGAUAACGGAUCUUUACCAGGAAAUCCAAACGUGAUCCUUGUCAGUUUGGGAAAGCUGCUCUCAGAGAUAAAGGUGCUCCCCACGCAAGGAGAACCCACCUCCUGCUCCCAGUGUGGCUCUGUGCUGGACUCCUGCUACGACAAUGUGGUUGUAGAGUGCUACUUCUGUGAGCCAAGGGAGCCUCCUGCCAAAGCCCAGCUGCCCCCAGACACCGUCCGGGACGGCCUCUUCCUGCUCAGCCCCGACGAAAAGCCCCUGUCUCCCGCUGAUGCCCUGCUGCUCAUCUGCAUCGACAUCUCGGGCUCCAUGAGCAUGACCUCCCAGGUGUCAGAGGGCGAGCAGGUCGUCUACAGGUCCCGUCUUCAGUUUGUCCAGGAUGCUGUGUUACAGUGCAUUCAGACUCUAAGUCAGCAACAACCAGACAUACGAGUGGGUCUCAUCACCUUCAACAAUCAGGUGACAAUACAUGGAAGUGAGAAUUUCCCAUCACGUUACCUGAUGGGAGCUGAGCUGAUCGACACUGAGUACUUGAAGGAGGCGGCCUUCAGCUUCCCGAGCCCGCCUUCUCUCUCACGGAUCAAAAACUGCAUACAGAGACAGAUUCUGGAAUUAUCUGAAAGUGGGGCCACUGCCCUGGGUCCUGCUGCUCUCCUGGCCAUCGCAAUGGCCUCCAGACAGCCAGGCUCCAAGGUGAUAAUCUGCACAGAUGGGAAGGCCAACACAGAGUUAGGGAAUCUCGAGACGGAGGACAAUGACGCUCGGACUCUCCUCUCAUCCACCAUCUUCUAUCAGAAUCUGGGGGAGUACGCUGCCAAUCAGGGUGUGACAGUGUCUGUGCUGUCCAUUGAGGGAACAGACUGCAGACUGGACGAACUGGGCAGAUUGGCAGAUCGCACUGGAGGCAAAGUGGUGAUAGCACGCCCUCACAUGUUGCACCCGGAGUUUGAGCAGAUCAUUGAGAACAGGACCAUCGCUACACACUGCAGUGUAACCUUACUGCUGCCUCAAACACUGCGUGUGAGAGGUGAGAGGGAGGCGGGCCACAAAGGGAUCAGAGAAGUGGGAAAUGUGGCUCCAGAUACAGAGAUCACCUUCCAGUUUGGAGCCAAUGACAGUGGCUCAAAAGUGGCAGCACCAGCUUCAGGCAGCAAGGUGUCUGUCCAGCUGCAGAUCAGGUACCGGCAGAGAGAUGGACAGAUGAUGCUCAGAGUGCUGAAUGAACAGCGAUAUGUAACGGAUGACAGCUCGGCAGUGCUCUCCUCUCUGUCUCUGGCCAUCAUUCAACUCAACUCGUCACAGGCCAGCGCCGCUCUGGCUGUCAGAGGGCGCUUCCUGGACGCCAGGAGGGAAAGCGAGAUGCAGAGGGAGCUGAUCGAGAGAGCAAUAGAGCAUAAUUGCAGUGCAGAGGACGAACAGAUAUACCAGAGCUGGGUUAAAACUAUGGAGCCAAUAUACAACAACAUAUUUAACUACACAAGGAGAAAAUCUGUCAUUUCAGACUCACAGUCUCUAACAGACAAGGGUGCAGCUCUGCUUUACACCAUGAAGCACAGCAACAGGAAGUCCAUCUCACUGAAGAAUAAACAGAAACCUUAG